AUAUUUUUUUUCUUUGUUAAUCUUGUGAUAUUUAUAUUAUGUAAUUACAAUUAAAUAAUUACAUAAUAAUUAUAAUUUUUAAUAUUUUAUUUUAAUUAAAAAAUAUAAAUUUUUUAAAAUAUUAAGAUGGCAGUGCAGUUGUUAAUAUAACAGGUGCAAAAUGAUUAGAAGUUGAAUUCUUUAUGAAUAGUUUUUAGAAGUGUAUUGAAGUAAUGUUUUUAUAUUUGCAUUUAAGAAAAAAUAACUAAUUAUUGAACAAUAUUAAUUUUGCGUUUCGUUGCUAAUAAAGCUGCGUUGCAAAAUUAAUUAUUUCAAUAAAUAAAAUAAAUAAAUAACAUGAUAGAAAAAAAUGAAGAAAAUACCGACAAUGACAGUCAUCUUGUCAGAAUAAGAUUAAUAACUGAUAAAAGAACUUUUUUAGAAAAACAAUUUCUUCAGGUUCAAGAAGAAAUUAAAAUAUGUUUUGCUCAAUUAGCACAAACAUUAUAUGCUAGAGAAAAACAACUUUUAAGGCAAUCAGAAGCAAUUUAUAGACAGCAAAUAUCUUUAGCAUUAUCCAGUCAGGAAAUUCCUCCCUCUAUAGCCAUAUUAAAUGAAAGAAAUGCUUUAGAAGAACAAAUAAAACAAUUUGGAAGAAUAGAGCUUAUAGGAUCUAAUUCAACAGCAGUCACUGAUUUGGAACCAUAUAAAAUUGAAGAAUAUCAAGACAUAAAUAAAGAUCAUGUUUAUUUUGAUAAAUCUAUUAAGAAUACAGGAAUUAUUCCUUUUAAUACAAAAACUAAAUUUUCGUGUACAAUAAAAGAUGAAAAGAUAGAUGAUAUUUCUACGGAAUUAAAAUUGCCUAAUUCAAUAAAUUUAAUGGAAAAUUCUAAUCUCAUUCCUACAUUUCAAAAAAAUGAUUCUGAAAAAAAAAUUGAUCAUUCUUCAAAGAUGGAUACAGAGUUACAAGAAAAUAAUUAUAAUCUUCAAAUUACCAAUAUAAAUGAACAAGAAAAUGCAAAAAAUUAUAAGAAUUCAAGAAAGAAUAUCAUAGAAGAACAACAUAAUUCUCAUGGACAUACAGAACAAGUUCAACAGUGGUUAGAUCAAAUACUUCUAGAAACAGAAAUAGAACCAACUAUUCAUGAAGUAGAAAAAUUACCUGAUAUAUCAGAACAUUAUGUUUAUACCAAAUUUCAUUUAGAAACAUAAAAAUUAUAUUUAAUUCCAACUUACUUAGCUUAUUAUUUUUACAAUAUAUUUAUUUUUAAUUUUUCAUAUAUAAAAUAGGAAAUCUCAAUUUGGGAACAAUUUUUUAUUAUAAUUGAGUCAUUUGUAUUUAAUUUUAUUUAUUUAUACAUAAUAAUAAUAAUUAGUUACAAAAUAUUCUUUUUAAUAAAUCAGUAAUAAUAUCAAUAAAUAAAUUGUAUUUUCAUUAAUAUUGAAAAAGUAUAAAUUAUAAAUAUUUCUUAAUUAUUAAAUUAUUAAUCAUAAUUUCAUUAUCCAUAAAACAAAAAAAAAUAUAUUAAUAUUAUUUUAUUUAUAUAACAUGCAUAAAUAUAUUUAAAAUAAUUUUAAAUAUAUAAGUGUUAAUAAUAUUAAUACGAUAAAAUUAUUUAUUAAUUCAUAAUCAAUAUUAAUUAUAAUUUAUACAUUUUAUACUUACCAAUGAUUAAAUAUUUUAUUAUUUUAUAUUCUUUUUUUUUUAUAUAAAAAAUUAAGUAAAAAAUAUAAUCAUAAUGUUAUUUUAAAUUUAUAAAUAACUCAUAAAAAUAAAAUCAAUUUCUUAAUAGA